AUGAGACCAAGUUCACCUGCUGUUACACAAGCAGAACAUGCAGAAUCUUCAUUAUCACCUAUUACGAUUCUCUAUGAAUCAUCUAUUGUAUCAACUUCUGAAACUGGUAAAAAUUUCAAAGAAUUAAUUCUUUUUCGUACUGAAUGUGGUGAUACGGUGUUGGAGCAACACCUGAAGUCUUGUCCUAAGAAUGCUAUGAAUAUGAGUCCAGAAAUUCAAAAUCAAUUAGUUAAUAUGUGUGGUGAUAUGAUAAGAAAAGAAAUUGUUCAAUGUGUAAUUGAAGAAAAAAACUUCUACUCAGUUAUAGUUGAUGCUACUUCAGAUGUUGGUGGAACUGAACAAUUAUCUAUAUCAAUUCGAUAUUUAUGUUAUGAUAAUAAUCAAAUAGAUAUAAAAGAAGAUUUUAUUGAAUUUGCACCUGUUGUAGAUAAUUCAGCAAAAGGUGUAUCAGAACAUGUUAUUAAUUAUUUACGAUCAACCGGUCUUGAUUUAGCUUAUUUACGAGGUACAGUUUUAACUUAUUGUUUCGUUUAUCAUAAUGACGUAUACUUAACAAACCUAGGUCAAGGUUAUGAUGGUUGUAGCGUUAUGUCCGAACAUAUUGGUGGUGUUCAAAAACUUAUUUCCAACAUUGAACCAAAAGCCGUUGAUGUACACUGUGCCAGUCAUUCAUUAGAUCUUGCAAUUUGUGAUGCAUGUGAUGACCGGAAUAUCCAAAUAUUUUUCGGUACAGUUAAAACAAUUGUAAAAUUGAUUAGGGCAUCACCUAAAAGGCAAAACUUAUUGAAGAAUGCAAUAACAGCUACACAUUGUGAUAUAAAACGACAAAAAUUAUCAAAAUUAGUUGAACAUCGUUGGAUGGAAAAGCAAACUUCAGUUUUAGUCUUUAAACAAUUCUUUUCUAGUAUAGUGGUAGCACUUGAAUAUAUGAUUGAAAAUGGUGAUUCAGAGACAAGUGCUGAUUCUCGGGCUUAUUUAAAAUAUAUAACAGAUUUAGAUUUUAUUAUUUGUUUAUUUGUUGUUUCACAUGUAUUUGCAAUAUUAAAGCCAUACACAGAAAUGCUUCAAAGUAAAGAUUGUGAAUUAACUCAAUGUUAUGAUAAUAUUCAAGAUUUAGCUACACAGCUUGCUGAAUUGAAAUAUAAUGAAAAGAAAUUCGAUGAACUUGUUAAUGAAUUGGACAUUUUCUUACGUGAUAAUGGUAUUACGCGCACAAUUUCACGAAUAAAUAAGUUAAAAAAUGUUACUGAUUAUCUAAGACAUACCUAUGAAAUAUUUGUCGAAGCAACAUUGUCAAAAUUAGACACAAGAUUCAGCAAACAUCAGAAGAAUAUAGUUAAUAUUAUUAAUUUAUUACCUUCAACUGUUGUUGAUAAAACAUUAGUUGAUGUAAGUGAUAUAUUCGAAUUUUAUCGAAGUGAUUUACCAUCGAACAAUAUUGAUGUUGUAAAAGCUGAAUUUGAGUUGUGGCAGCAUAAAUGGAAGAAAACUCCAGCAAAUGAAAGACCAUCAAACAUUUUUACUACUUUAGAUAUACUUCUUCCAAUUAAAUCAUUUUUUCCUAAUUUAAAUUGUUUAUUCGAAAUAUUUGCAAUACUAUCAGUGACUGUUGCAACAGCGGAAAGGUCAUUUUCACGAUGA